CCGCUCAACCGACUCCAACUGCAGACGCUUGGACAACGACCACCAACGGUCCUCGUCCGACCGUGGCGACGCUAGCUCAAUGGUCCAACGGGAGAGAUGGUGCUAUGAUGUGCAAGUUUCGCGCUCCGUGUCCAGCACAUGUAGUAGCUAGCUAGCCAUUCGCGUACGCUCGGCUUAGUCAAAGUCCUCGUUGCUACAUCCAACGAAAGCUUGACGCCAUUAAGUUGCGUGUGCAUAGCCCCUGGACUGGAAUCCCGGCCUGAAUUAUUAUCCGGACAGCAAAUAUUUGGAGCACAAUGAUGAAGAAUCCGUACGAGGAGAAGCACAAGGCGCUGCUGACGCGCAUCACGGGCUCGGUCGUGCGCCUCAACGACGUCAUCAAGGAGAUCAACACGCAGCUCGAGCAAAAUGAAAAGUACUACGCCGAGAUCGAGUACACGAGCAGCAUCUGGGUCGGCUACAAGAAGCGCGUGCAGGCGUACCGGCCGGCGGCGACCGACGAGGUUGCUGCGUGAGCUGCCAUCACCUCGGCGCGUCUCGGAUUACGUCAUCGGUUAUUUUUGAAUGAACGCCCGGCAGAUAUGCGAUGUGGGAGGUACUUGCGUGCGAAUAGCCACUAGAGAUUGCUCGUGACGUUGUACAGUAUUUCCGGGUGCAACAGGAUGACUGGAUUACUGUGCAGCGUUCGAGAAGGGAGGUUUGGAAUCUGC